AUGCCACGAUCCAGGCUCUUUGCUGAGCGCUACUCUGGCCAUGGGGCUAUAUUUGCCUUACGAAAGGAGGCUUUCCUGCUGAUACAAAGUUUGGAAAGACAGGAGGGGCCAAGUCCACACAGGCAAGCAACCACCCAAGAACCUGGCAAGAAUGUUUUCUUUUCCCCAGUCAGCAUCUCCACUGCCUUUGCUCUGCUGGCCCCGGGCUCCAGAGACACCAGCCAGGCUCAGGUGCUGGAAGGGCUGGCCUUUAACCUCACCAACAUCCAGGAGGAGGAGAUACACGAUGGCUUUCGUCAUCUCCUCCUCUUGCUGAACCGCCCUGGCAGCCAGGUGCAACUGUGCAUGGGGAACGCCCUGUUCAUGGAAAAACACCUGAAGCCACUGAAAACAUUUCUGAAGGACAUCAAAAAACUGUACAAAGGAAAAGUUGUUUCUAGUUACUUCCAGAAUUCCACCAAAGCUAAAAAAGAGGUCAAUGAUCACAUAAAGAACAAAACCCAUGGGAAUAUAAAGCAAAUACUUAAAGACCUCGAUCCAAACACUGUAAUGGGGACUCACAAAGAUUAUUUCCAUGUGAAUGCGAAGACCUCAGCUGAAGUGAUGAUGACUCGAGAUGGAUUUUGUAAAACAUACUCUGACAGGAAGCUGUCUUGCGAGGUGGUGCAGAUUCCUUACAAGGGAGAUGUUGCAGCAUUGUUUAUCCUGCCCAAUGAAGGAAAAAUGAAACAGUUGGAAGAUGCCCUGACAAAAGACACUGUAUCUAAAUGGGAAAAAUCACUUGAAAGAUGGAGGAUAGAAGUGUAUAUUCCAAAACUAUUGAUUUCAGGCACCUAUGACUUAAAGAAGAUGUUCAUGAAUCUGGGUGUAACAACUGGUGUGUUUUCUGACCAGGCUGAUCUGUCUGGAAUCUCAGGAAAGGCUGAUGUGAAGGUUUCAAAAGCUGCUCACAAGGCCCUGCUGAAGAUUCACGAGAAUGUCACAGAGGCUGCAGCAGUCACUGGCAGAGAUUUGCUUCCUCAUUCUGUUCCUCCUGUUGUUAAAUUCAGCUGUCCAUUUUUGCUGUUGAUUGUUGAUCAAUAUACUCAGAGUAUCCUCUUCAUGGGAAAAAUUGUAAACCCAACAGAAAAUGACUGGCUGCUCCUCAUUGCGGAUUUGUGCCGGUCCUCAGAUGAUACAGCAAUGCUUUGA